AGCGCUACAUAAAAGAAUUCGACAGAACAAAAAAAAAAGUAUUGUUACAGAAGAACGAAACUCGAUUACAGUGCUCAUUUCGACACUUUUAAAGGUAAAUUAUGGCUUGCACGUGGAAAAUAAGUGAAUGCAAGAUGUUUGUUAUAAUUUUAUUGCAUGGUUACUUGUGGGGAAUGUUUGGUGGACUGGCAACUUCUCUGGCACGUAACCCACCGGUUUACGAAGAUGGGAAAACUAUUGACAGUCAACUAAGAAUAUCGUUCUGUGCUCUUCACGGACUUCUUGCUAUAGCGUUCACUAGCUGGUUUAUUCUAGGAGAGUUUUAUCGAUCAUCUAACGACAAUGAAACUAGCAACGAGAAUGAAGAGACUUCUCCACUGAUCCCUGAACGCGUAACUCCUGUCAUAGAUAUACCAUAUAGACUCAGACAGUCCAGGGAAAACGUGUUAAAUGUAUUUUAUACUUCAUCUCAAUCCACUGAAAGUAGGAAUGCUGUUUCUUUCGAUUUAAGGGAUGAUUCAUCUGAAAUUGUCUUUUCAACAUCUGAGAAGAGUUGCGAUUCCGUUGGACUAACUAAAGGUCGGUUAAAUCAUUUAAGUGAAACGGAUCUUUACUCGGACGACGAUGAUGACGAUGAUGAUGAUGAUUUCGUACUUAGUUCAUUAUCCUUAGAUACUUACAGUGACGAUUAGCGUCGUGUGAAAAUCGUCUUGAGGUUUUACUUUGAAUGUGAAUCAAUUUAAAUAUGACAAAAUUAGACCUCUUUUUUUGGUCCAUGCUUUUAAAACCAAUAUUUUAACAUAGUUCAUUUUUUUUUAAAUAUGAAUUUAUCUAAAACUAUUCUUCCUCGUUCUUUCUUAUUCAGAAUGUGUGUAUAUUUCGGUGCACAAAGAUCUUAUAAUUGCAUAUUUGAAGUGUAGAAAUACUAUUUUUGUAUUCUGA